GAAGGAAGGAAGGAAGGGAGGAAGGAAGCAGGGUGAGUUGUGGUGAUUUUGUGGUUUGGACGUGUGGUGAUACAGUUUGGUGGGAGCUUGGAGUCAGGAGAUUUAGAAGGAAGGGUUGACGAUGAGCAGCCGAAGCCCGCCGCCAAGGGACCGCAGGAUGCGUACUGAACGCACCUCGUAUCGUGACGCACCAUACCGGAGAGACAGGGACAGCCGCCGUGGUCCAAGCAGGUCUGCUAGUGAUUUGUGUAACAACUGUAAGCGUCCAGGGCAUUUUGCUAGAGAUUGUCCAAAUGUGUCUGUCUGCCAUGCCUGUGGCCUUCCAGGGCACAUUGCAGCUGAGUGUUCUUCCAAAGAUCUCUGCUGGAACUGCAAAGAGCCUGGGCACAUGGCUAAUGCCUGCCCGAAUGAAGGGAUAUGCCGCAACUGUGGCAAAUCAGGCCACAUUGCAAAAGACUGCACUGCUCCGCCAAUGCUGCCUGGAGAAGUAAAGCUCUGCAACAACUGCUACAAACCAGGGCACAUUGCUGUGGAGUGCACCAACGAGAAGGCCUGCAACAACUGUAGGAAGAGUGGCCAUCUUGCCCGUAACUGCACCAAUGAUCCUGUUUGCAACCUGUGCCAUGUUGCAGGGCAUUUGGCCCGUCAAUGCCCCAAAUCCGACGAAAUCAACGAGAGGGGUGGGCCUCCUCCCUUCCGUGGCGGCGAUGCUCUGUUCCGUGGUGGUGACGCUCUGUUCCGUGGCGGUGACGCUCUGUUCCGUGGCGGCGAUGCUCUGUUCCGUGGUGGCGAUGCUCCCUUCCGUGGUGGCGGCGGUGCUCUCUUCCGUGGUGGCUACAGUGACAUGGUCUGCCGGGCCUGCAACCAGGUUGGCCAUAUGAGCCGUGACUGCAUGGGUGGCGCCUUCAUGAUCUGCAACAACUGUGGUGGUCGUGGUCACAUGGCUUACGAGUGUCCAUCUGGGAGGCUCCUGGACCGGUUCCCUCCACGCCGUUACUGAACGACUACCAAGAGUUCUUCCAGAUGACUGGUCCUUUUGAUCGAUCGUGUUAUGAAUCAUCAUUUUGACAUUCUUCAUGUUUUUGAAUGUCAAGGGAUUAAGUAUUCCAGUUGUUUCUAGCUUUCUGCAACUUGUUACUCUCGUGGUUACUGAAUGGCUUCUAGGGCCUUUUCAGAUCAGACUCCCUUGCGAUCUCCCUGUGUUUUGAAUAAUAACUAUUUUCAUGGAUUAGUGAAUACCAAGUGCUUAUCUGUAAA